ACUAUAUAUUCAUAGUUGCAACCUCACUCGACUUAGCUUAACUUUACCUCUCUCACCACCACCACCUCCAACGAUGUCCAAUAUUUCAUCUACUCCUCUCCCACUCGAUAGGAAAUGUUCGCUUUCCCUUAUCGCUCCUUUGGAAUCAAUUCUAUUCGACAUUGAUGGAACAUUGUGUGAUUCAGAUCCCCUCCAUUACUAUGCUUUCCGUGAAAUGCUUCAAGAGGUUGGCUUUAAUGGAGGGAUUCCUAUCACUGAGGAAUUCUACAGUGAACAUUUUAGUGGAAAGAACAAUGAGUAUCUUUGCAGUACCGUCUUUCAUGACUGGGAUCUCCAAACAGCAAGGAAAUUUUUGGACGACAAGGAAGCCAUGUUCCGGAGAUUGGCUGCUGAACAAUUAGAGCCUGUCAAGGGUCUGGAUAAGUUGUGCAAGUGGAUCGAAAAUCAAGGCUUCAGAAGGGCUGCUGUAACAAAUUCUCCAAGAGCUAGUGGCGAGCUAAUGAUAUCAUCUUUGGGGCUCUCGGAUUUCUUUGAGAUUCUUGUUAUCGGAGGCGAAUGCACACGGGCAAAACCAUUUCCUGACCCUUACUUGAAGGCUCUCGAAACACUUCAAGUGUCUCACAAGCAUGCUUUCAUCUUUGAGGAUUCUGUUUCUGGAGUGAAAGCUGGAGUAGCAGCUGGAAUGCCAGUAGUUGGUUUAGGCACAAGGAAUCCCGAGACAUGGCUGACUGAUGCCGGAGCCACUUUCGUUAUUAAAGAUUUUGAGGACCCAAAAUUGUGGGAAGCACUGGAAGAGUUGGAGAGGAAGGCAGAGGCAACAACAGUUGCAACUUGAAAUGGCAGUAACAUAUUACAUAUAAUACAGGAACAAAAGCUGUAAACUCAAAUUGAUGAGGCACCAAUAGGCAGUAUCUCUAUUUAAUAAGCCUUAUUAUGCUUAUGUUCUUGUACCUUAUUAUAAUCUGUUCUUUUUGUUCCGACUUAUCUCAAACGAUUCUUCUUUCGAUGACUUAUGAAUAAAAGCUUAAUUGUUCCAAGAAAAAAAA